AUGCAAACUAUAAAGGUGAAGGACUAUAAUGAUAAGAAGGGGGUGGAUUUUAAGAAGCGCCUCGUUGAGUAUUGGAAAACUUUACAGAAGACGAAUAUGCAGUACCUUUUUAUAGUCCUGUUCAUUCAAAUCAUAAACCUAAUCUUGAUCCUGUUAAUAAUCCAGAACGGGCACUGGGCUCAGUACGUUUGGGGUUUCAUCGUUCAUCUCCUCAUCCUCACAAUCGUAGUUUCCUUCCUAAUGUUCAAGUGGCUGAGGAAGCAGAAGUGUAUUCUGUUCAUGACUGUGUUCGUGACUCCGGCAGUCCUCCUUUCUUUCAUAAUAAUAGUACUCCUAGUCGGGUUUAAGCCCUCAAGCGAGUUCCCGAAUCACUGGAGAUAUUCAGACAAUAAUUUCUCCAGAAUGGCCACUGUUGAUAAGUUUAGAGUCAGUGAGAUAGAGCUUAAGUACCCAGUCACGUUUAAAAUGGAAGUGGAUGAUUUGAAGGAAGCCGUAGAUGACUGGAUGCGGGAAAAUGGGUUCAAUGCUAAUCCUGAACCUAUUAUUGCAAAAACUCCUCCGCUGAAGGCCUCAGGAGAUGAUGUGGACAUUAUUGGGUAUUCCUUCAGUUUCUCCUACUUUGAUUUUAAGACCUUAUUUGGGAUGGUAAAUGAUCUUCACAUCCGAGUUAUUGAAUGAAGCGAUGUAUGGGGUGGCGUAAAGCUUGAAGCUCAUAGUAAUAUCAGACUGGGCCUUAAAGACUAUGGGACAAACAUCAAGUUCAUUUCAAGUCUUUACAAAUAUAUUGAGGAAAGGACUACAAAGUACAACAGGAGCAAGCUCCUGUGAGAAGACAGGAGCUAAGUUCUCAGCAUCACAAUUUCAUUUUCUAUUCUGUCCUGGGUAAGACUUAAAUUCUUAAUAUUCA